AUUCAUCUUGUUGAGAAAGUCUCUUCAAAAUUUCUCCUCUUUCUCUCUCCUUAAAAAAAGUCGAAUCUUGCAAACGUAAUCACCCUUUUCCUCCCAUUUCUUCAUGCUAACAUCACAGAUCCCCCACCUUCACCUCCCCUUUCCCCUGUUUUUCAAUUGAAUUUCUCUUUUCAGAUCUCAUUUCACCUUCAAUUUCCCCAAAUUUGAAUGAUUUCUAGGGUUUAUUAUCACUAUCAUUUCCCCCCAAAAUCAACAAUUUAGGGUUUCAGAGUUUUGGAAUAAUGGACAAGGAUAAGCUCGCCGGCUCUGGCGCUGGAUUACCUCCGACGGGAAGAUUCUCGCCGUUUUCACCCUCCUCAACAUCGCCGACUCCAGCAUUGCAACAACAAACGCAAACGACGUCGUUUAGCAAUGAUUUGAGCAGAAUGCCGGAUAAUCCGCCGAAGCAUAUGGGUCAUAGGAGAGCCCAUUCCGAGAUUUUAACUCUUCCUGAUGAUAUUAGCUUUGACAGCGAUCUCGGUGUUGUUGGAGGUGGUCCUGAUGGCCCGUCAUUGUCGGACGAAACGGAGGAGGAUUUGUUUUCUAUGUACAUUGAUAUGGACAAGGUGAAUUCGGCGACGUCGGCCAAUUCGGGAUUUCAGGUGGGGGAGACGUCAUCUGGGGCGGGGAAGGCGGUGGCGGGUGGUGGCUGGAUGGGGGACAGGCCGAGGGCGAGGCACCAGCAUAGUCAAUCAAUGGAUGGGUCGACCACAAUUAAACCGGAAAUGCUUGUUUCUGGCGGAGAGGAUGCUUCUAAUGCUGAAGCUAAGAAGGCUAUGUCAGCUGCUAAGCUUGCCGAGCUUGCUCUUAUUGAUCCCAAGCGUGCAAAGAGAAUCUGGGCAAACAGGCAGUCAGCUGCAAGAUCUAAGGAAAGAAAGAUGAGAUAUAUAGCUGAGCUUGAGCGCAAAGUCCAAACAUUGCAAACUGAAGCAACUACUUUAUCUGCUCAACUGACCAUGCUGCAGAGAGAUACAAAUGGCCUUUCUGCUGAAAAUAGUGAGUUGAAGCUGCGUCUGCAAACAAUGGAGCAGCAAGUUCACUUGCAGGAUGCAUUGAAUGAAGCGCUGAAAGAGGAGAUUCAGCAUUUGAAAAUGGUGACUGGUCAAGCUAUAUCCAAUGGUGGACCUAUGAUGAACUUUCCAACUUCCUUUGCUUCCAAUCAACAGUUUUACCAAAACAACCAAGCAAUGCAGACCCUGAUAACCGCACAGCAGUUCCAACAGCUACAGCUUCAUUCCCAGAAGCAGCAGCAGCAGCAGCAGCAGCAGCAGCACCAGCACCAGUAUCAACAACAUCAACUGCAUCAGCUUCAGCAGCAACAAAUGCAGCAUCAAGAACCGACCCUGCUGUCUCAGCAUUCUGGUGAUUUCAAAAUGAGACCAUCGAUGCCACUAACCAAAGAAAAUACAUCAGAUCCCAAUUCUGGAUCAUCAAAGGAUUAAAGGUCAUAAAGCUUGGAGUUCUUUAGCAACGAACAUAAUCUAGUAAGAUUACAUGAGCAGAGGCAACAUUUAGUUGUUUAUGUAGUCUCUUAUAUAAACUACAGUUGGAAAACUACAGGUUGAUAUUGUUUGUAGGCAUUGUAUUUUGGGACUUGUGAUUGGUCUUUGGGUGAGAUGUUGUAGGCCUUAACUUGUCCAAAGUUCGGAAUUAGAGUUAUUAUCUAUAGAUGAAUCCUGUCAAAUAGCUUAGGGGAAUGUCCUGUUUACAUAGUAUGUGGCUGUGAGAGUGGUGACUGGUGGAUUGAUCAAAUGGUUAAGUUGUGUAUGGUGUAAUUGCUGGGUAUUGCUAUUUUAUUGUUCUUUCAUUAUUUUGUAAUCAAGCUUCAAACCGGUUUAAUAUUUAUCCCAUAUUAUCUUACAAUUCGUUAACUUA